UAAAAACGCCCCUGUGGCUUGCGGAACCAAUUAAAUCCCCUCUGGUCGCGUGCAUGCCAACAUGAACACCGACAUAAACACGCUGCACUGACAGUCGCUGUGAGGACCUUCGGCUCGUGCUCAAACCGCUGAAGUAUCCAAAAAAGAUUCCGCGACACGUUGUUUCUGUGCCAAUAUUUACGACCUUGGAGGGGAGGGAGAUAUUUCUCCACUCGGUCUUCAUCCAGCUCGCGGCUAACCCACCUAUAUAAACAGGGCUGGAGUGCAAAUGGCAGAGCAGGAGGAGCAGACGAUAACCGUGCUGGACGCGCCGGUGACUGGCCGGUCGCGAACGGGGAGAGCGGUGGCUCUCGCCCGUCUACUGCACCACGAAUGUACUCAUCUGCUCCAGCUAUAUAAAGCAAAGGAGACCUUCUUAGUGGACCACACCCCAGACGGCAGACGCAUCGUGUCCCUGUCCCCGGACUCGGAGGAGCCCAGCACCGAGGAGAAGGUGCAGUUGCUGCAUUCAGCUCUGCGGCGGUGCUUGGGGCUGCUCCACUGUGUCAUCCUGAAGGAGGUGGAGGAAUGGGGUGAUCUGGAGGGCGACUAUGAGACCAUGAGGAAGACCGUCCAAGUCCGGCUGGAGCACUUGCUCCACAGCACCAAAGAUUUGGUUGAGACUGAGGACAAGACCCUGGAAGUCACCCCUGACCACCAGUGUAAUGAGGAAACUGAUGGUGCAGGGGGAGUUUUUGGCCUCAAAAUGUGGACCUAUCAAGUGCUGAUGGAGCUAAUCCACUGGGCUGACCAUGCAGUGCAGACCCUCCAUGUCUUACAUACAGAGAGGGAAGGAACAGAGGAGAUCUAAUUUUCUUUUGUUUAAAUCUAACAACAUGUAUGAACUCACUCAACACUAACAGCCAGCUUUCCCUUUUACUUAUUCCAAAUUAAAUAUGAAGUAAUGUGGAAUAUUGUCUGUGAACACUAGAGGUUAAAAUGUACUGCUUAACUAAAAUCACAACUAAGCUCCUUUAAUAAAGCCCAGUAGACAGCUUUUCCCAGACAUUGGUAUUUCCACAGCAAGUGCUAAAAUGACCUCUGGUUUGCCACAGUUGCUAUUUCCUUUGACAAAGAAAUGAGUGCAGACUUUAAACUGUAUAAAGGUUGCUUUGCUUUGCUUUGCAGUGGCAGAGUUAGACUGUUUGAAAAUGUCUUCUUUUGUAUACAGUGUGUAAUUUAUUUUAUUUAAGUGGAUUGACCUUUGAUGACUAAAUAUCUGCUGUUCAUAACACUCCAAAAUCUACUAACUGCUAGAAUGUAGCCAAAAAUACAUGACUGAUAAACUGUGACUGAUGUGCAGCUGAAUCUGUAACCCUUUGCUAUUUUAAUAGGUCAUUUUAGCUCUUAAUGUACCACAUUAUUAGCAUACCUAAUCUAAAUAAUUCCAUAUCAUAUUUCAUGUUUUCAUAUUCUGAAUGCUUGUAUAGUUUAUUGUUUGGCACAAUCUGUGAUGAUCAAGUGUCAUGUGUGCUGCUCUGAUCACCAAGUUCUCUCCUGAUGUCAUACUUGAAUGUGCUGCUACACUGUUCACAAGUUUGAACUAUUAGAGCAGUGGUUCUCAAAUUGUCUCUGCCAUACCCUCGUUUGGAAGCUAAACAAUGUUGGAGGACCUCUGUGUUAGACUAAUAUUUUAUGGUAGGAUUGUACUGUCUGUUGCAAAAAGUAUCAAACACAUGGCACCACAACAAAUUCACUGUGGUGUUAAAGGCCUGACACAGCAUACACAGUCACUGCGUGAAUGAGUUGUGACUUCCAGACUUGCUGGCAUUGUGAAUUUCUAAAUGUCAUGCAUUUCUUUUAUCUCUGUGAUAAAUAAAUGGAUGUGCAUUGAAAAUUAAACGCAAUCUUAACCCUUGUA